AUAGCGGCGAGGAGAGGGGCAGCAGCAGUCACGUGACAGCGGUGGGACGACCCCGUGCUUCUCUCCGGCCCCGGCAGGUGUCGCUGCGCCGGGAGCGGAAGUGCAGGCGGCGUGGAGGGGGCUUCCGGUGGGUGUGCAGCGGCCUGACUCCCUGAUGAGAAUCCGGUGGACCGCGGGUUCCAGAGAGGUUUCCCAAUGAGAGGAUCAUGUCGAUCUCACAGUUGGGGUGAUCCAUAGCAUGGCUUCUUCUCGAUCGACUCGUGUCACAAGAUCUACCGUGGGGCUGAACGGACUGGACGAAACCUUCUGUGGACGCACCCUGAGAAACCGCAGCAUCGCUCACUCAGACGAGGUCCUUCCGCCGGCGCUGCUAAGAUCAAGGUCUCCUAAGAAAAGGCCGGAACCUGCCCCAAUCCAAAAGGGAAGCACCACAAAGGGCGGCGAAUUGAAACAGGCAGGUCCUCGAGAACCUUGGGUGAGCCCACGAAAGAGAGGACUGUCCACGUCCGAGAAGGACAGUAACGAGAGGGACAGUGUGGAAAACAGGGAGAAGAAGUCUACGGGACCUUUGUCGCCUGUACUGAAGAAAAUCAAGCGCUACCUGCGUUCUGAGGAGCCCAGCAGUCCCGAGGAAGAAUUGUCUGGCGCGUUUCACAAAGAGCCUUUGGAAAGCAGGAACUCUGAGUCUGACAAUGAAACAGACACUCCCCGUACUAAACGAGCUAAUCGAUGUGUUUUACUGGAUGAUAGUAACGAAAGGGAAAUCAAAACGGAUUCGGAGUCCGAGGACGUCUUGAAAAACACAGUACCUGAUGGAGACGUAUUUAACCAUCAGGCAGUUAACGGUAUUGAUAACGUUGAGGCCUCUGCUGCUGUAAAAUGUAAUAACUGUCCGUCAGAUGGAAGUAUUAAACAAAAUAGUUCUAGUGCGUUCCUCCCCCCCAAGGAAUUAAUUGUAUCGGAAAACGGGAGCUUAUUAACUCCUUGCCCGGUACUAAGUAAAAGCAAGAACGCACUUUCAGACCAUAAAGUGCCUUGCACACUCAUCACGGAGCAGGCAGGCAGACAGGACCAUGAACUAGCUAACUGCCUGCCUACCGAUCCCAUAAACAAGACCAAUGAACCCGCAGGCCUUUCCUGCACGAACGCGCUGUCCACUGUACGGGAUUCCGAGGAGGAGCUCGAUGUUGUAGGCGAUAGUGUUUCAAAGGAACAAGCUGCUACAUCUCCAAAUUGCGUACCAAGCCCUGAGCAGGACAAGCCGAUACCGGCGGAUCCCUCACCCGAGACUGCAAACGUGGCCCCUCUCGAGGCUUGCUUUUCCGAUACUCAAGAACAUAGAUAUACUUUAAGAACCUCUCCAAGGAAGCCUGUCUCCUUCAAAGACAGCUUGUUCAAAAGUGACUCUCCCUGCGGGGAGAACGGGCAGGCGGAGGAGAGUUCUAGUGAAAGUGGAGGGCUUGCCAGUGCGGUCAACGGUUCCAUGGUAAAAACUGAGGACGUGGACCGCGGUGACAAAGAGACGUCUUGUGUUACCGUGAAGUGUUCACAGGAGAAACCCACAUGUCCACCCCCUGGCACGGAGUGUUCCGCGCCACCCACGAAGGAGAGUGCCAGCGUGCAGCCUGCGGAGGAGGAGGAGGACGAGCCUGACGUGUAUUACUUUGAGUCCGAUCACGUGGCACUGAAACACAACAAAGAUUAUCAGAGGCUAUUACAGACCAUCUCCGUGCUGGAGGCGCAGCGCGCUCAGGCCGUUCUGGAUAUGGAGAGCUUAGCGCAACACCAGAGGGAAGCAAUGGCCAAUCCCAUCGAGUUUGUGGAGAAGCUGCAGAAGAAGAUGGAUAUUGGGAUUCCCCGCCCGCAGAGGAUUGUCCAACUACCAGAGAUUGCUUGGGACCAGUAUACUACAACGCUGGGAAACUUCGAAAGAGAGUUCAGAAACCGAAAACGGAACUCGCGGAGAGUGAAGCUCAUUUUUGAUAAAGUUGGGUUACACAACAAUUCCCAGACCACAGUAGACAAGGAUGGGGAGCCCUCGGCUUAUUCUGUUUUGCCCCAGAGCGAUGGUCAGGAAAGUUCUACCAGCAACGUACAGAUAAGAGGCAGAUUGUGUAUGGACUCCAGACCUGGGACCUUCAAUCAGUUGUGGACGGUGGAAGAGCAGAAAAAGCUGGAGCAGCUACUAUUGAAGUUCCCUCCGGAAGAGGUGGAAUCCAAGAGGUGGCAGAAGAUUGCUGAUGAAUUGGGAAACCGGACUGCUAAACAAGUUGCCAGCCGAGUGCAGAAAUACUUUAUAAAAUUGACCAAAGCUGGUAUCCCCGUGCCAGGGCGGACUCCAAACCUCUACAUGUACUCUAAAAAGGCUUCAAGCAAGCGGCAACAUAUUCUCAACAAGCAUCUAUUUAAGCCCUCUACCUUCAUGACCUCUCACGAGCCCCCCGUGUUCAUGGAAGAGGACGACGACCACUCCAGUUACUACAGCCGGGACCUUGAUUUAGCUGGUGACGACGAUGACGUCUCGGAUGAAGAGACUAUCCCCACCUCCUGCCAUGUCCUGGCGGAGUACAAAGAACUACUUGAACUAAAGAAAUUGAAGAAGCAAAGACUCCACGAGAUGGAGGUGGAGAGCGGAUUUGUGCAGCAUGUUGGCUUCAAAUGUGAUAAUUGCGGGACAGAUCCUAUCCAGGGCAUCCGGUGGCGCUGUCAGGACUGUCCUCCCCAGGUGGCUGUGGAUUUUUGUGACUCGUGCUCUGACUGUUUAUAUGAAACCCAAACUCACAAAGAGGAUCAUCACCUGGAGCCGGUGUAUAAAGCAGAGACAUUCCUAGACAGAGAUUACUGCAUGCCGCACAGCACCAGCUACAAUUACUUGGACCCAAAUUAUUUCCCAGCAAACAGAUGACGUGACCUGGCCAAACAACCAGCUCGGUGAUCUCUCCCAGAGGCUAGCGGAGCCAGUCCACUCAGUUUCCAGAAGACGCGUCACUUUCUCCGAUAUCCUGCUCAACAGCAUGUCACCUGCACGGGGGUAGGGGGGGCUCACACCAGAAUUACCCCCGCAAGGACAGCGGCAGAACAUUCCACAGGAGGAUGUCCCUCUACCUAUAGAUCAUAACAGAACUGCAGUGCACGUUACAGACUUAUUUCCAAAGGCUUCCGAAAAACAAUUGGUCAAAAUGUGAACUAUUUAUAUUGAAACCGGUUUACUAGCUUGCAGUUUGGUGGAAAUAAUCAAUCUUUUUUUUCUUUUCUUUUGCACAGAAACUGACGUUUAGAGAAAGUUUUAACCAAUCACAGUGUUUGCAUAAAGGACGCAAUUGUUCAAAGACACAAAAACAAAAAAACAAGCAGAAAAAACAAACAAAAAACCCCACAAGAACCUAUGUUACUUCCCCACGUUUGGAUUAAUUCCGGUCUAUGCUGGACUGUGAGCUGCUUUUAAAUAAAAAAUGAACUACAAUCUAGCGCCGCCGAUUCGGAUCUCUGGCGGCUUCUUUAACCAGCUCGUGGUGUGUGUGCGUGAACGUCAAGAUUUUCACUCAAAUAUAUUUUUUAAAUGUAACGUUCAGAUGAUCAUGUGAUGUGUAAAAAAAAAAAAAACGAAAAAAAAUUUAUGGUGACAAAGUGCCACUUGUAGUAACUGUGUAAAGUCUAACACUUAAAGCUUUCGUAGGUCCUUUCUAGAAGACACAUGAUGGACAGCCUUCAGCCUCGGGGUGUUGGGGAUAGAGAAUGCGGGCCGCCGAGGAAGACAAAACUGCCUAUUGUAAAUCCUAUAUGUAUUGUAACACCUCUCUUUUUUGUAGUCCCAUGAAAUCCAUAAAAGAUUGUAUUUUUAUUAAUAUUUAAGCAAGUGGUUACAUAGAUCUAUGCGGUCAGAUAGACGUGGUCACGUGCUCUUUUGUAUACUGAACCCCCGUACGUAGCUUGCUCUCCGACAGAGGGAGCGCAACAGAGGGACGUGACGGAACUCUCCAGCAGGGAAGGAGUUAGACAUUUUCUAUGUUUUUUUGUUUCGUUCCCUACUCUAUGUAAACAGUAUGUUCUUAAAUCCGCUGUCAGGAGGACUGUAAAAAUAAACUGUGUGGGUACUA